AUGGCGUAUUCUUUAUGGGGCAGUAAAGAGGUAGAAUGGACUGCGUCUAACUCGGAAGGUGCUUCGGGUGGAAUGGGAAGAAGUGUAAAUUUGGUCAAUAUUUACGCACCGUGCAGCGUCAACUUACGGAGGGAGCUGUGGCAGAGGCUCAUCGAUAGAAGAACAAAUAGCUUGAAUGAGGAGUGGUGUCUAGGUGGGGAUUUCAAUGAGGUUACUAGCAGUGAUGAAAGGUUAGGGGAGGGGCUAAACCAUAACCGGAAAGGGAUGGAGGAGUUUCGGGAUUUCAUGGUGAGAAUGGGGGUGGUUGACUUACCGUGCGUUGGAGGUAGGUUUUCUUGGUUUAAAGACAAUGGUAAGGCCAUGAGCCGUCUAGAUAGAUUCUUGUUAACGAAUAAUUUGAUUGAUGCUUGGGGGGUGAUUGAUCAAAGGAUUGGUAUAAGAGAUGUAUCGGAUCAUGCGCCUAUUCGUUUAUUUUGUGGUGAAGUUGAUUGGGGACCGAAGCCUUUUAAGUUCAAUAAUGCGUGGCUUAAACAUGGUAAAUUCAAGGAAUUCAUUUGCAAUGAAUGGGCUACUUUGAAGAUAGAGGGGAGAGGUGACUUUAUGUUGUUUGAAAAAUUAAAAAAGCUUAAGAACAGGAUUUUAGCUUGGAACCGUGAAGUUUUUGGGUGGAUCGUGUCAUACCCCAAAAUUUACCCGUUUCUGUUUUCAGUUAAAUUUAUUAAGGGUAUUAAAAAUUAG